ACAAACUCGCCGGAGCACUCUCUCUCUCUUCAUCUUUCCGCCAUAAAAACCCUCACUUUCUCGCCGACUCUUUCCUGAGCUUAAUGUCACAACAAUCUAACGAGAUCUGUCGCUGAGCUUCCAGAAAUCUCAGAACGAGACCAAACCCAUCUCAAUUUCUCUGUUGUUGAUCUCGUUUUCUUAAUCUCGCAUUUUCUAACACGAUUUCUUUUUCUGUUUUUUUUUUUUCCUUUUCUCUGUGGGUGGAGAGAUAAUGGAAUCGGAAGACAUAGACUGGAACAACAUCGAAUCUGUGUUCGAAGAAGACGAUGCAUAUGAGAAUAUCAAUGCGCCUAAAUGGGUCGAUCUCUCUGCUCCGUGUGAAUGUGUAGAUAAUGAAGCCUGGUUCUGCAAAUCCGGUUGCAAGCAUCCGAAGUCCGUGGAAGAUUUUCACAGAUUAAAGCAGAAUCAAAAGGGGAAGCUACUAAGAUCUUUGAGUAUAUCUGAGAUUCUUCCUUUCCGAGACAUAACUCGAAGAGAAACAAAGACAAAAAAAGGGGUGAAAGUGCCAAAAUCUGCUGGGAAUUUCAGUGAAGAUAUUGAGAACAAGAAUCCCAAUUUAUCAUCCACUCCACCCGUCAAAGAAAAAACCCUAUUAAAGUUGAAGAAACCAUCAACAAAAUCAACUACAGAGAAGAAGAUAGGGAUGAAGAUGGAUGAUUGUGGGGAAAAUCUGGGAAAGAUUGAUAGGAAGCCGGGUUUGAGGAGUACUUUUUCAGCUCGCAAGCUCGUUCCAGGUCGAGAAACUAUGAGUCAGAUCACAGAUUUCUGUGCUGAAUUGAAGAAAAUGGUGAGGAAAGGUUCGAAGAAAGGGGCGUCAGUGAAGGCAUAAUGAAAGAGCAGAGGACAUACUACACUGCCUGUAGCAAUUUUGAUGGAGCAGAGGAAAACAGGGGAAACAUCGAUUUUGAUUUGCUUGGAAAAUCUGCAGUGACAUUUACCUUAGGCCUUUGAUUUUUUUCAUGAACAGAUGAAUAUUGAAUUGGAAUCCAGAUUCAAUCCAGGUUGGAUUUCAGUAAAGUUGUGCAUGUUUUUUUUAGACAACUAAUCUAACAAGUGAGUUAUAUGCCCUGCCCUCUUACAAAUUUCUUAUUUGCCCAUCUCAAACUUGAAAUCUCAACCUAUAACAAUGAGGUUGAUGCAAUUCCAAAGUUAUCCCCUUUUUGUAUAACUUACAUACGUGAAUAAAUGCAUGUAAUAUUA